UACAGGAUUCACUACUGGUGUUUGUACCGGCAGGUAACUGACAGGAUCACGGGCAGUGAGAUAUAUUGACUUACAUUACAAGCAGGCACAUUAUCUACUGUUUGUGUGAUUCCAAAAUGUCGUUGAAGCUGCCAAUAGUCGAUCUGUCCAAAGUUCAUACUGAUCGUGAGUCUUUGGCGAAAGUGAUAGUGGACGCACUUGAGAACACUGGAUUUUUGUUCAUCGACAACAUAGAAGGAUUGGAUUUCGAGCUCUGGUUCAAAUGCUGUGAAUGGUUCUUUAAACAGCCAGAAGAAACCAAGAAAAAGCUAUUGAGGAACUUUUGGAACCCAGAUAACAAGAAUGUUUACCGUGGUUACUUCCCUGUUAAACCUAACGAACCUAGCAGAAAAGAAGGGUUUGAGUUUGCGCGUGACGUCCCUCGUAAUGACCCCACAGUCAAACCUAACAACUGGUUCUACGAGGACUCAGUGUGGCCGGAAGAGGAUGGAUCGUUCCCGUUCAGGGCCAAUAUGAGGGCACUUUACGAGAAACUACACGAAACGGCUUUAGAAAUAUUGCGUCUAACAGCCAUCGGAUUGGGAAUAGAAGAGGACAUUUUCACACCGUUGUUUUCUGACAAGCCGUGUACCACUUACAGGAUAAUGCAUUAUCCUCCCUGGGAGGGGACUCCCCCAGACAACGCCCGGAUAGAGGACAAUAAAGUUGUUAUUACACCAGAACACACAGAUACCAACUUCCUUACCCUUCUGGCGACCUUCGACUAUAAAGGACUCGAGGUUAAGAUGCCAGAUGGCACCUGGUUGGAAGUAGCUCCUCGUCCAAGGAGCCUUGUUAUGAAUAUAGGUGACACGUUCUCCAGAAUGAUGGGAGGGAGGUUGAAGGCUACCGCACAUCGCGUCAUAGACAUCGGGGUCGACAGGUAUACAUCUCCUUUUUUCUUUACACCCGGAUAUGAAAGCGACAUCGGCGUUAACUUCAUGUCCAAGGCGACGGGCAACGGUCCUGAUCAUGUAUUCGAGAGAUAUGGGCCUUGGGUAUUGAACGUUAUCAAAAAUGUAAAGAAGUAUUUUGAAUAUCGUGUUUUACCCGACAUAGAAUGAUAUGUAACAUUUGUGGAACUAUUCAAAGACUCCUGGAAUUUCAAGUAGUAAUCGGUUUUGUGUUGUUUAGGCCAAAUUUACUUUUAAAUGAAAGCGGUAUUAAACAAGAGUUGGAAUAUGUUCAUUUUGACGCACCGAUAUUUCUAGGAAUCGUUGCCAACUUCCAAUUGACAGAAUGCGACGUUUAUUUAUAUGAUUAUCUGUGGCUAUCAUUAUUUUGCGCUGCAAAAUUUUCUUGGGACGAAUAUAAAACAACUAAAAAUUAAGUAGAAAGUGAAAUCCCAAUGCUCACUCAUAUGUUCAGUAGAUGUUGAAAUAAAAGGUACAUCAAUAAUGGACUUCAUUAUCGUGAAGCUGUGAAGUUCGCGAGUGGUGAUGUUCGCGGUGUCACUCUUUAAAUUGAUCGUUGUAUAAAAAAUAUCGAGUCGGUAAUGGUUUUGAUAUCUUUAUAUUCUAUAUAUAUAUAAUCUGUAUACUUCAUAAAAAAAUAAAUAUCGAGUGGACUUACUGAACUUGAAAAACGCGAGCAUUCCCAUACCGCGAAAAGUUAUACUUUACCAGUAUGUGAGCGAAUAUAUUCAGUUGGUAUACAGACGUAACAUAAUAUCAAAAUAAAUUCAUUGUAUUUGUAUAAGUAGCCACUUUAUUCCACUAUGCGAAUGGCAUUAUAAGUUAAGUGUUUUCACUUAAAGAAUCCCAGCGGCUGUGCCCUAGCUUGUGACCGUGUAGUAAUAUCACCUACAGAUUACGUAGUCCAGUUUCUGUUCCAUUCUUGUUACGAUGUGUCUUGCAUCAUUAUCAACUAUCAAAAUAUGUCCCAUGGUUUUGUCAUAGCUUUCGACCUUUUGCCUACAUUACCGACAGCUCACGAAGUCCACUGGUUGAUUUUUAGCUUCAGACCGUGUGUAUCGAACAACGUCCAGUGGUUGUGCCCUAGUUUCUGACUGUAAAGUUACAUCAUUUACGACUGACGAAGUCCAGAGUCUGUGUCCUUGUUUUUGACCGUGUAUUCACUUACAGAUAUAAUGUACAAUGAUAGAGAUAUACACCAUCAUAUAUAUAUUGUUACACUUGUGCAUAUAGUUUGAUUCUUACUCACUUCGCAUAGAUUUCGUUAGCUAUUGUUUAUUAUGCAAUUUCAUAAUUAUAAUUGU